AUGCGCCUGCUUAUCUCCCUCUCCACGCGAGAGCGUCAAACGAUCAAGGGUACUGGCUUAUUCCUGAGCUCCGGUCAAGUUAUCGCCAUUGCCGGCCCGGCAGGUGCUUUUCUUGCGUAUAUUAUCAUGGGAUUUGUGACAGCCGGAGUCUCGUAUACUACGGGAGAAAUCACAGCCUUCAUGCCUGUUACUGGUGGAUUCAUUCGACAUGCCACCACAUUUAUUGAGCCCGCACUGGGCGCAGCAACCGGUUGGAACUUUUGUACAUCCACCUCGAGUCCUAUUCAAUUAAUCAUUGCUGACCUGCAAAGGUCCGAGGUGAUUUUUGCCUCACUCAAAAUCAUGCUAAUCGUGGGUUUGAUAAUCGGAGGACUUGUCAUUGAUCUCGGCGGUGGUCCUAACCACCAGCGCCUCGGGUUUCAUUAUUGGAAAGCCCCCGGAGCAUUCAACGAAUACAUCGAUACAGGCUCUGCUGGAAGAUUUCUCGCAUUUUGGAAAAAUCCAUGCAAGGUCAUUCCAGCUGCUACGAAGAAAAUCAUCCUUCGUGUAUUUCUCUUUUACGUUCUCAGUAUCUUUAUCGUUGGACUAAUCGGUCCAUACGACGAUCUCAACCUCAGCCUCUCCACUGGCACAGCACAGCAAUCACCUUUCGUCAUCGCAUUCCAGCGUUCUGGGCAGCGGUUCAACCUGCAUUUUUAA